UUGUGUAUACAUUGCAUAGAUACGAUGUACCUACACGUGUGGGAGAUACACCAAGGUGCAGACGCGGGGACUCGCUGCCUUAUUUCCUACCGGAAAAUGAACUCCGAGCAGUUCUUUUGAGUGGUGUCCGGCCUGCGGGAGGAAAAUACGGAAUAAAAGUGGCAGAGGGGAUGAGGGAAGAAGGAAGGGCGAGGGGAAGCGGGGGGGGGGCUGGCAGCAUCCCCAAAAACUUGCGCGUAAAUCCGAGGGGCUGCCUCGCAAACUUUGCAGCGAUGCUCCGGGAAAAUGGCAAAGCCGGGCGCUGCGAUUGAGCCUGGGCGAGGGGGAGGAAGUAAAGCCACCAAAACAAAGCCAGAUUCUAGACCAAAAAAUACCCCAAAUAAAACAAAACAAACAAAAAAAAAAAGACGAAGAGAGCGGGUAGUCCAAGGGGGGAGAAAAGCGCUGUUCCUUUCGGCCAAGCGCCCGCGUCACGUGCGUCCGCGGCCCGUAUAAACGCGGCGGGCCAUGUGUGCGCGCCAGCGGGGCGAAUGCCGCCUGCGAUCCCGGGAAAAGCGCGGCGGGAGCGAGCGCGGAGCUCCAUGCGCGGGUUUGUGUGAUUUUGCUAAAAUGCAUCACCAACAGCGAAUGGCUGCCUUAGGGACGGACAAAGAACUGAGUGAUUUACUGGAUUUCAGUGCGAUGUUUUCACCUCCUGUGAGCAGCGGGAAAAAUGGACCAACUUCCUUGGCAAGUGGACAUUUUACUGGCUCAAAUGUAGAAGACAGAAGUAGCUCAGGGUCCUGGGGGAAUGCAGGACAUCUGAGUCCAUCCAGGAACUAUGCAGAUGGGACUCACUAUGAGCACGUGGCCAGCAGAGACCUCGGCUCUCACGACAAUCUCUCUCCUCCCUUUGUCAAUUCCCGAAUACAAAGAAUGAUUUCAGCAUUUCCUCAAAUGGGAUUACAUUGCAGCCUGGCAGAUUUGGGAUUUUCUCCACCAGGGAAACAUUAAUUCCCUUUUCACACCACCUCUGUUCUGGCAGCUGCAAAAAAAAGAACGCAGAGAAAUGGCCAAAACUGUCCAGGAAUUUC